CAUAACAACUUUUAUUGCAACUAAGUCUGCACAGAUAGCAGAGGUGUUGGAAAGGAUUCAAUGUAUUGCUUUAUAAUUUAGUGAAACCACUUCCUUAUGCAAAGACCAGCAGACUAUUGUAUCAAUCUGUUUCCAUGGCCAACGUGUACAAAAUGCUCAAUCUGUUUCGUGUGAAGUUACUAACUUUUAAAAUAUUGCUUUUGACUCUGCGUGGCUAUGUUUGCACAGAAAUUAUUGGAGGCCAUGAGGUUAAACCUCAUUCUAGGCCAUACAUGGCAUCGAUCCAGAUGUACAAACAACAUAUAUGUGGAGGAGCUCUGAUCACACCAAGAUGGGUACUGACUGCAGCACACUGUAAAAUGCUUGGUCAAAUGACCCAGUUUCAAGUGGUCCUUGGAGCUCAUUCGCUUUCUAAGAAGCAAAAAUGGAAAAAGACAAUUAAUGUGAAAAAGGCAUUUCCUCACCCAAAGUUUGAUAUGCAAACUGCCAAAAAUGACAUCAUGCUGCUUCAGUUGGCUACUAAAGCUAAUUUGAACAAGUAUGUGAAAAGCCUAAAGCUGCCUGAAUCAACAGAAGAUGUCAAAGCAGGAACAGUUUGCACUGUUGCAGGAUGGGGAUCAACUGACCCAAAUGUCUUGAAAGCAUCAGAUACCCUCAGGGAAGUAGACAUAACCGUCAUUGACAGGAAAGUUUGCAACAAUAAAGCAUACUAUGGCCAUGAUCCUACCAUAACAAAGGACAUGCUAUGUGCUGGAGAUAAUAAAGGAAGAAAGGAUUCAUGUGCAGGAGAUUCUGGUGGGCCAUUAAUAUGUAUGAUGCAAAACAAGUAUGCUGAGUACAAGGGCAUUGUUUCAGCUGGCAAAGAAUGUGGAGAACCUACCAAGCCUGGCAUAUAUACUCGUUUAUCCAAGGAAUACCUCAACUGGAUCAAAAAACUUACCAGAAUUAAAAACUAUAACUUGACAAAAAAUCAAAGCUGUCAUUGGCUUGCAGAAUUAUCUGGAUCCAAGUGGAAAGAAUCAGCGUCCUUAAUAAUAGCUGCAAGUCUCAUUAAUGACAUCACUCAUUUUACUACAUGUCAAUAUUUUCUGAAGUAUGAUUACUGUAAUAACAUCCUGAACCAGUUGCAGGAUAAUCAAAUGUCUGGAGGAUUCCAGAUGUUAAUAGCUUGUAUGAAUUCAUUAUUUGCUGACAACAGCACAUCACAAAUUCAUCGAUGGAGAGAUGAUAGAACAAUGCUGUCCAGUGAAGCAAAAAUCAACAAAUAUGUCAAUUUGCUCAAACUACCAAAUGACAAGAAAACAGACGUGAAACCUGGAACUUCCUGCAAGGUGGCAGGAUGGGGAAUAACGUCUAUAUACUCCAAGUCUCCAUCUGACACACUUCAACAAGUGAAGCUGAAAGUAAUAGAUCGGUGUAUAUGCAACAGUGAGGAGUACUACAAUCGUAAACCUGUAGUAACCAAGGACAUGAUCUGUGUUGGUGACAGCAAAGCCCAAAGAGACUCAUGCAAUGGUGAUUCAGGCGGUCCUUUAAUUUGCAACAAGAAAUACAAAGGCAUUGUGUCAUACGGCCGAGGAUGUGCAGAUCCCAAAAAGCCUGGGAUUUACACUCUCAUAUCAAAGAAAUACCUUGACUGGAUUGCAAAAAUAAUUGAGGCAACAAUGAAAUCAUUACAAUACAAUCUGUUUAUUUAUUUGAUUGUUCUUUCCCGAUCUCCAACUUAUCAUGGUGUGGAAAUUAUUGGAGGACAUGAAGUUGAACCCCAUUCAAGACCUUAUAUGGUCUCUAUCCAAGAUUAUAAUUGUAAAGCAAAGUGUUACACACACCAUUGUGGAGGGGCUUUGAUCAGUCCCAAAUGGAUACUGACAGCAGCACAUUGUAAAUUGCAUAGACAGUUUCAAGUUGUUCUUGGAGCACAUUCUCUUAAACAGAAUGAGAAAAGUCAACAAAUACUUCGGGUCAAGAAGCAGUAUCCACAUCCAGAAUUUGACAAUAUAAUUCCAGACAAUGACAUCAUGCUACUUGAACUUUCCGGCAAAGCAAAGCUUAACAAAUAUGUGCAACUGCUUGAACUACCGAAAAAUAACAGUGAAGAUGUGAAACCUGGAACUCUCUGUACAGUGGCAGGAUGGGGAGCAACAGCAAAAUUAAAACCUCCAUCCGAGACACUUCGAGAAGUGAAGCUAAGUGUAAUAGAUAGGAAAGAAUGCAAAGUUAAGGAUCGUUCUUCUAAUUGUGAGCUUGUAAUAACUAAGGAUAUGAUCUGUGUUGGUGACAGCAAACACAAAAAAGACUCAUACAAAGGUGAUUCAGGUGGUCCUUUAAUUUGUAACAACAAGUACAAAGGCAUUGUGUCGUAUGGUCCUCCUGAUCUAACCACCAAAGAGCCUGGGAUUUACACUCGCAUAUCAAAGAAAUAUCUUGACUGGAUUGCAAAUAUAAUUGGUGUUGAAACUUCCAAUAUGACAGCUGAAGGUUUCUACUGAGUGUUGAGUCUCACUGCUACUUGAUUUUGCUUUUAUCAACUUGUCAUUAAAUUGCUUUGCUUCAGGAAGGACCUGCAUUCUCUUUACUCAUGCCUUUGCUGCACUGUACCACAUUCAGGUAUAAUAAAACUGAAAUGUGAAAUUCUCAAUA